AUGACAAUUGAUAAAGAUUUUUUAUUAAAAUUUACUCAUAUUGAUGAACAAGAUGAAUAUAAACGAAAUGAUUCAAUACAAAUUGGUUUUGAACAAGAACUUAAAUCUAUAACAGUAUGUACUGGUGAUUCAGCUAGAUUUGAAGCUAAAAUACGUUUAAUAUCAAUAUCAUCAUAUAAAACAAUUGAUCGAUCAUUAUUACAUAUAGAAUGGCGUUUAAAUGAUAUAUGUAUUAAAAAUGAUAAUAAUUUUAAAUAUCAAUUUGGUUCUAUACCAGAAGAAAA